AUGACUGAUGGAAAAAAAGUGUAUACAGAUACUGAAUUAUUAGAACUACAGAUUCAACGCUACAGGCCACGAUAUCUUAAAGAUGAAAAGGAAGAAGUUGCACAUAUAAAAUCCAAGAUCCAGCAAAUUAAACCCCACGUUACUAAAUCUGAUGUCAAGGCAUCCGAAUUAAGAAAAUUAGGGAAUGUUCAAUUCCAAAACAAAAGUGAUAAAGAUGCACUGAUACUUUAUACACAAAGUCUCAGUUUCGCUAAGAGUGAUGAGGAGGUGUCAGUUGCAUAUGGCAACAGAUCUGCAGCCCUUUUUUAUAUGGGUUUUUAUGAAGAAUGUUUAGCGGACAUCGAUAGAGCCUUCCGGCACGGUUAUCCUGAGAGUCUGAGUGCCAAACUCUUCAAGAGAAAGAAGGAUGCGACAAAAGCAUACAGUGAUCGGAAAAAAGUCGUUAAAGUUAAAACAUAUGAAAUUCCACAAUCGGAAAUGAAUCCCUCAAUUCAGUCGGCAAGAAACUGCAUCGAAAUACAAGCGAACGAAAAAUACGGUCGUCACAUAGUAGCCUCCAGAGAUAUCGCAAUUGGCGAAGUCCUAGCCGUUGACAAUCCAUAUUUGGUUGAAUUACAAGCUGAUAUGUCGUCUGAUCCAUUCUUGUUUUGCUGUGAGUGCCUUAAGCAUUGUUACAAUGUAAUUCCCUGCCUCAAUUGCAACGAAGCAUAUUAUUGUACUGAAAUAUGCAGAGCAAAAGCUUUCCAAAAUUAUCAUAAGUACGAAUGUUUAAUUUUGCCUUACGUAGGACAACUGUUCGGAAUCAAAUUUGAUUUCUGGUUGUUUUCUUUAAAAAUCACACUUUUGGCAAUGACCGAAGAGAAAAACGACGAAACGAUGUAUCGUUCUGACAGGUACAAAGAGAUUUCAGAAUUAGAAGGUCACAGUAAUGCAGAUCCACCAGAGCAAACAUACGUUUUGACUUUAUUAAGUGCUAGCAUUUUUAUUUUGAUUAAAGAAAAAAUUAAAAUAUUUAAAGAGUUUGAAGUAUUUGAAGAAAAGUUUAAAGAACUGUUUCUUUAUCAUCAACAGGUGUUUAAAGUAAAUGCUGUAACAAUCGUCAGUUGGCAUGGAAAUGAUAAAUUUUAUACUUCCGUGACUGGACUUGCGUUAUACUCUUUAUACAGUUUAUUUAACCAUUCAUGUUAUCCUAAUACCUUUUGGAAUACUUCUGGAUCAACGAUGGUAGUUCGAGCCAGUUUACCUAUCAAAAAGGGGGAACAGUGCUUCAUCUCUUAUGGGCCCUACUUCGCGUAUGAUAACAAAACUGAACGACAAGAAAGACUUCAAAGACUGUAUAGGUUUACUUGUGAGUGUAGAGCAUGCCAAGAAAACUGGCCAAAAGUAACAUUUUCUCCAGCUAGCGUCGAUUGUAAAUUCAUCAAACAAGUAAUUAAGAAACUUACUGAAAAUCAAGCACUCCCACCUCCAGGAUACAUACUGAGUCUUCGUAAGGGGCUUGAAGUAGCUUAUCGAAUUUUGGAUGGCACCUCCUAA